AUGGACACACCAACGCCACCGCCACCGCCACCCCCCAUCAUCCUCUUCACCUACGACAUCUCGGUCUUCGGGCGCAAGAUGGACUGGUACUUCGCCCUCAGCGGGCUCAAGUACUUCCACUGCAUCGUGCUCAACCGGCUCCCCCGUCCCGUACUCGAACAGCUGGGCGUCCACUACCGGCGCAUCCCCAUCCUGGCCAUCGGGCGGGACAUCUACUGCGACACGCGCAUCAUCAUCGACAAGCUGGAGGAGCUGUUCCCGGCGGCACGGAUUUCGCCAAACAGUCCCUUCGAGAAAGGGCUGGCCCACCUGUUCGAGAACUGGCUCAUCGACGGCGGCCCCUUCUGGCGCACGGCCGGCCUGAUCCCGCCCACCGCCGAAGUCAUGCACGACCCGGCCUGGCUGAAGGACCGGUCCAGCAUGUCCGGCCGCUCCUUCGACAUGGACACCCUCAUGCAUAACCGUCCCGAAGCCUUGGCCCACGCGCGCAUGUACUUCCACCUGAUGGAGCACGAGCUGCUGGCCGACGGCCGCCGGUACCUGCUCGACACGCCCGAGCCCACCCUCGCCGACAUCCACGGCAUCUGGACCUUCGACUGGACCCUGCAACCGCGCAUGCACAUGCUCGAGUACCUCGAGAAGGACGUCAUUAGCGAGCAGCUGUUCCCCCGGACGUUUGCCUACGUCGACCGCUUCCGUAAGGCCAUCGCUCGGAAGCAGGAACAGCACGGCAUGCCCGAGGAGUUGUCGGACGCGGACACCAUCCAGAAGAUCCUCGCGUCGGAUUUCUUCGAGCCGGAAGGGACCGUCGACCCGGCCGACCCCCUGAGAUUGAAAAAGGGCCAGAUGGUCGAGAUUUUCCCCGUCGAGUCCGGCUUCACGCACCACGACAAGGGCGAGCUGGUCUCGAUCGGCGUCAAGGAGGUGGUCAUUGCGAGUAAACCCACCGUGGGCGAAGGACGGCUGAGACUGCAUUUCCCCCGAGUCAACUUUCGGAUCCAGCCCGUGGCGGAUGCGAGAUUAUAG